AUGAGGAGGCCGACGCGGCGGCUGGCGCUGUCUGUGCUGGGGGUGCUCUGGCUCGCCGCCCUCCUCCUCUUCUUCGGGGCGCGGAGGAAGUUGGAGGCGGCAGAGCCCGAAGGACACACGCCGGAGGAAUCGAACGCGGACUGGGACGACCUUUGGGAUCAGUUUGAAGAGCGGAGGUACCUGAGUGCCCGGAGGUGGAAGGGCGGCGAGGACCCGUACCGGCUCCAUGCCUUUAACCAGCGGGAGAGCGAGAGGAUCCCCAGUGACCGCGCUGUCCGCGACACCCGCCAUCACAGGUGUACGACUUUGCACUACAGCCAGGACCUCCCGCCCACUAGCGUGGUCAUCACCUUCCACAACGAGGCCAGGUCCACCCUGCUAAGGACAAUUCGGAGUGUCCUGAACCGCACCCCAGUGCACCUUGUCCAUGAAAUCAUACUCGUGGAUGACUUCAGUGAUGACCCUGAUGACUGCCGCUUGCUGGGCCAGCUCCCCAAGGUGAAGUGCCUGCGGAAUGGACGGAGGGAAGGUCUGAUCCGGUCCCGAAUCCGAGGGGCAGACGUGGCAAAAGCAGGUGUCCUGACCUUCCUGGACAGUCACUGUGAGGUGAAUAAGGACUGGCUGCUCCCUCUGCUGCAGAGGAUCAAAGAGGAUCCCACUCGAGUGGUCAGUCCCAUUAUCGACAUCAUCAACCUGGACACUUUUGCCUACGUGGCAGCUUCCUCAGACCUCAGAGGAGGUUUUGACUGGAGUCUGCAUUUCAAAUGGGAGCAGCUUUCCCCAGAGCAGAAAGCCAAACGACUUGAUCCCACCGAGCCCAUUAAGACACCCAUCAUUGCUGGGGGGCUGUUUGUGAUCGACAAGGCCUGGUUCAACCACCUCGGGAAGUACGACAGUGCCAUGGACAUCUGGGGUGGGGAAAACUUCGAAAUCUCUUUCCGUGUGUGGAUGUGUGGAGGGAGCCUGGAAAUCAUCCCCUGCAGCCGUGUUGGGCAUGUCUUUCGGAAGAAACAUCCGUACGUCUUUCCAGAGGGAAAUGCCAACACAUACAUUAAGAACACCAAGCGCACGGCAGAGGUGUGGAUGGAUGAGUUCAAGCAGUACUACUACGCUGCCCGGCCCGCAGCCCAGGGGAGGCCUUUUGGCAACAUCCAGAGCAGAGUGGAGCUGCGGAAGAAGUUGAAAUGCCACAGCUUCAAGUGGUACCUGGAAAAUGUUUAUCCCGAGCUUCGGAUUCCUGAGGAAUCGCUCUAUCAGACUGGGAUAAUCAGGCAAAGGCAGAGCUGCCUGGAGUCACACAAGUCUGAAGACCAAGAGCUCCCCAUCCUGAGCUUAAAUCCUUGUAACAGCAGCAAAGGCACAGUACCAAAGGCACAGGAGUGGACAUACACGUACAACCACCAUGUCCGCCAGCAGCAGCUGUGUUUGUCUGUGUACACCCUCUUCCCUGGUUCCCAGGUGCUGCUGUCACCUUGUAAAGAAGGUGACAACAAGCAGCGCUGGGGCAAAGUUGGGUCACACAUUGAGCACAUAGCUUCACGCUUCUGCUUGGACACUGAGACCAUUGGGGACACGAACGAGAGCAUUAAAGAGCUUGUCAUCAACCCCUGUGAGAGCACAGCCAUGAGCCAGCGCUGGGACAUGGUGAUGUCUUGA